GCUUAGAUGAAAGUGUCCAUCCUGCAGUGGUUGCUUUGAAAGAGAUACAGUUAAGAGGAAAAUAACAAACUAAAGAGGUAAAAAUCACAGUAAGCUGUUCCUCCACAUGCAAUGGCUGACAGUGAGAUGUUAGAUGGCCAGGAGAAGAUGAAGAAAGGUCUGGUGAAGGUUCUUGAAUGUGUGGCCACCAUCUCUUCAGCAGCAGCGGUGGUCAAUCCCAUCUUCGGUGUGGCUGGAUCUCUCAUCCGGGUGGUGUUGCACCACGUGGAUGACGAAGACGUUCAGAAGCUCAAACGCGAGUUUAGGAGUGUGAAUCGAGCCUUGGAUGAAAUAUCACAGCAGAACCAGAACGUAUUGCUUCGGAUCAGGAAGGAAACGGUGGAUGGCCUGUACUCCCGCAUGGAGGAGAACAUUCGCACUCAGUUCAACAAAUUCAUGGACACUGUGGAGGCUUCGUCAGGGCACCAGCAGCGCCAGAAAGAUUUCGAAAUGUGUUUCAUGAUCAAUCAGGGGGACCAAAACCUACACACACUUUAUGGUGGUGUGAUGGGCGAAUCGAAGGUCUUCUGCCAGCCCAUUCUGGAAGUGUACAUGAUGCAUUCACAGGGCGACCGGCGUGUCAUGGAGAACCUCUGCACGCGACUCAUCUACCUGUUCUGCAUUGGUCUCAUUGCUCUGAUGAGUUACGCUGCCAUUGUUGGGGAUGACGAAGAAGCUUUGCGUGUCGAGUGGGAGGAGAAAAUGAAAGAUGUGGCUAAAAAGAUGUCAGAGGUGUUAAACAGUCACGAUUGAUUUUACACCCAUUUUAUCUAUACAUCCAGCCAUCCAUCAUCCAUCCAUCCAGUCUAUCUGUCCAUCUACCUAUCUAUCUACCUACUUAUCUAUCCAUUCGUUCAUCCGUCUAUCCAUCCUGUCCAUCUACCUGUCUGUCUGUCUGUCCACCUUCUGUCUGUCUAUCUAUCUGUCUAUCUAUUUACCCACCUAGUAACCACUCAGAACAUCUUAGCUACCUCAUAGCAACUUAGCAACUGCCCUAGCAACCAUUUAAAGCACCAUAGCUAUUAUGUUGCAACCAGUUUACUUUCAAUUUGGGAACAUGGAUUCUGACCAUGAUGUCAUACCGCUUUACCAUCAAAUGCUAAAACAUCAAUAAAGUUAUUUUCUGACUGUAUUUUGUAAUGUAUAUACUGCAAAGCACCCCAAUUCAAUCCGCAUAAGCCACAGUUAAAAUAUUUAUGCAAUCAAACAAUGUUACAAUCUCUAGAUUCUGUUUACUUGAAGCCGUAAUAUUAUUUUCAUGUAAAUCUCAUAUUAUUUCAUUGCUAUUUUAUGAUCUCAUGUACUGUGGAGUAUUAUAAAUAAAUCUAUGAUGAAUACAAA